AUGACUAGAGUUGAUAUUGCUAAUGUAGUGCAAGUUGUAAGCCAAUACAUGCACAAACCAAAGCAGUCACACAUGAAAGCUGCAUUACGAGUGGUAAGAUAUAUCAAAGGUUCUCCGGGACUUAGUCUUGUAAUGCCAUCUAUAGGCUCAGGAAAACUAGAAGGAUUUUGUGACUCAAAUUGGGGAGGUUGUCUACAGACUAGAAGAUCAGUUACAAGUUACUUGGUGAAGUUUGGGGAUGUACUAAUUUCGUGGAAAUCAAAAAAGCAAGAAACAGUGGCUAGAAACUCUGCAGAGGCAGAGUUCAGGAGCAUGACUUAA